AUGAACGAGCCCACGCGAGUCUGGGUGUCCCCAUCCGGGAUGGCGCGCAUGAAGGAAUUCUAUCGUACUGUCCUCGCGCCACUGGAUUACAAAGAAAUGGUCCACAAUGAUGAUAAUACCUUGAUCGGAUUCGGCGACGGCGAUCAUUUGCCAAGCUUGUAUCUGAAAAUUGCGGCGGAUGGGCAGGAGUUUUCGUCAGAGUAUAUAGCCAUUGAUGCAAAAGACCGUGAAGAAGUUCGUGCGUUCUACAAUAUCGCGAUACAACAGGGCGCACAAGAAAAAAGUAAACCGAAUCUUGGUAGCGUUAGAGCCUUGGGCCAGCGCUGCUAUACCGCUGCUGUCAUCGACCCUGAGGGGAACGAACUGGCAGUAAUUGACGGUACGCCAUACGACGAUUUGCGACAAUGGCUAUAA